AUGUCACUGGUGGAACGCAGCGUUCGCUUGCCUGCACUUCGAGAAGUCCAUAUUCCCACAACUGGCGCUCUUUAUGACCGAGCUUCCUUAGAAAACGGGGUCAGCUUUGCAGGUGAGAUAUCUUUUAGUGAUGCUGCCACAUCCUCCGACGGUAGCUCCGUUGCCUGGACUGCAGAGACCAUUCAGAUCGGACGAUGGGCACCCCUCGUACCAAAGGCUCGCGCACUCAUGCUUGAGUUAACUUUUUUCCCGGAUAACCCCACACCCACCAGCGAGGUUUCGUCGGCUCUGCUCUUCGUCAGUCAGUUUGGUCACUUAGUUGAGAAGUUGGUCAUAACCGUGUGUCCCUCCACAGCGCCUGAGAGCUUGACAGAUGUUGAUCCGGAACUGGAAUCAGUAUUGGUUAGGCAUCGAGCGCAGUUCUACUCAGUGAAGACGUGCUUCAUUAAGUCACCAGUCAGCUUCACCUUCUGCAACAGUGCAAUCUGGCACUCCUGUCACUGUCUAAGGAACAUACCACACUCAGAACCCAUGAAGAACAUCUGCGGUCUGUUUCCCGGCCUUGAAGAUCUCAUCAUAACCUCCGACAGUCACUUGGACCCGGAAGACCUGGGUGAAGUGCCCAUCUUCUGUCCGAUGUUACGCCGUCUCUUUCUGCAUAAAUGGCCAUACUCCCUGUACCAGUACUCACAAAUCAUCCAGGAAAUCCUCUCGACCUCGAAACUCGAAGUCCUCUGCCUCAUCAUGCGUCUGGACGUGGGGCAACAGCGACGGGAGCCCAGCUCCUUCUGCCCCGAGCUUUAUGGCGUGAUCUGGCGAGAGGAGAAGAAAAUGAAGCAUCCUAUUGACCAGUGGUGUCAUCUCUAA